GUAGAAAACAAUUUUAGAACCCCUGCAUUUAGCUGCCCGCUCAAUCAUUACUUAUCAGUACUAAUAAGACGCCUAUAUCGGCAUGUUUGUUGUGAUAACGUUCGUUGCAUAUUUUGCAUUUGUACAUUUGUGUGUAGUCACAAUUAAUUAAAAAUAAUUAAUUAAUGAAGUUUUUUUAAAUUAUUUCAAAUUAAUAAAUUGCUUCCCUUAUUAUGACUGCCAAAUGUUAUAUUUUGGAUAAUGGAGCAUACACAGCUAAAGUGGGACAUACCGGAGACAGUGAACCUUUAGUUAUUCCUAAUUACAUUAUGAAAGUCAAAAGUGAACGUCGUCGUACAUUUAUUGGAGACCAAUUAAAAGAAUGCAGAGAUAAAUCAGGACUGUUUUACAUGCUUGGCUAUCAAAAGGGAUAUUUAUUGAAUUGGGAUAUUCAAAAAACCGUUUGGGACUAUGUAUUUAGUAAAGAAUGUUGCAAAGCAGAUUUCACUGAAACUCCAUUAAUAGUUACAGAACCGUAUUUUAAUUUUAGUUCUAUUCAAGAAGGAAUGACUGAAAUGUUUUUUGAAGAAUAUGAAUUUCAAUCUCUAUUACGUAUUAAUGCGGGAGAUCUCUCUUGUUAUCACUAUCAUCAAGAUAAUAAAGAAGCCAAAUGUUGUUUAGUUGUAGAAACUGGUUACAGUUUUACACAUAUUGUUCCCUAUAUACUACAAAAAAAAUUUAAACCUGGAAUAUUAAGAAUAAAUGUUGGAGAUGUUAUGGAAGAAACUUAUGUUAUGAAUCAAGUUAAAGAAGAUAUGUGCUUUGUGUCGACAAAUUUCAAUCAAGAUAUGAAAAUUUCAAAAACUAAAUGGCCAAAAAAUACAAUUGUUCGAGAUUAUGUUCUACCAGAUUACACUACUGUAAAUAGAGGAUUUGUUAGAACUUUAGAUGAAACUGGCGGAGCUCUUGAUAAAGAUAAUCAAAUUUUAAGAUUAUCUAAUGAACGGUUUACAAUUCCUGAAAUCUUAUUUCAUCCUAGUGAUAUUGGUAUUGAUCAAAUGGGUAUACCAGAAGCAAUAGUUCAUAGCAUUAAUAUGUGUCCUGAAGAAGUUCGUCCUCAUCUUUUUAAUAAUAUUAUUGUAACUGGUGGAAGUGCUUGUUUUCCUGGUUUUGAAGAACGCUUGACUAAUGAUAUAAGAGCUCUUACGCCAGAUGAAUUUGAUAUAACUAUUACUAUACCUAAAAAUCCAAUAACAUAUGCAUGGCAUGGUGGAGAUAUGUUAAGCAAUGACUCAGAUUUUUACUCAUUAGUAGUAUCUAAGGAAGAAUAUGAUGAAGAAGGAUUUUCAUCAUGUCUUCGAUUUGAUGUAUAAAAGACUAUUUACAAACUGAAUUGGAACUUAUGAAUAUUUGAAAACUAAUUAUUCUACCAUAUAUUAUGUUUUUGAAUAAAAUUUAAUCCAUAUUUAUAAAUAUAUGAAUUAUUGUAGAAAUA